CCCUCCCUCGCCCUCCCUCCUCUUUCACCCUCUCAGAACCUUUCUGCCGCCGCGUUCGGACCUUCUGCUCCAGCCUCCGGGGCACGUCCAUUCUUCCCAGCCAGCGAUCAGGCGCAGAGAAAGAUUACAACUCAUUUUCUUGGCUCCGUACACAUCUUGAGGCGAGCAAAAAAUUUGAAAUAAAUUCGAACCAUGAGGGAAAUCGUGCACAUCCAGGCCGGUCAGUGUGGCAACCAGAUCGGUGCCAAGUUCUGGGAGGUGAUCAGUGAUGAACACGGCAUCGACCCCACCGGCACCUACCACGGGGACAGUGACCUACAGCUGGACCGCAUCUCCGUAUACUACAAUGAAGCCACAGGUGGCAAAUAUGUUCCUCGUGCUAUCUUGGUGGAUCUGGAACCCGGGACCAUGGAUUCAGUCCGUUCAGGUCCUUUUGGUCAGAUCUUCAGACCAGACAAUUUUGUUUUUGGUCAGUCUGGGGCAGGCAACAACUGGGCCAAGGGCCACUAUACUGAAGGGGCUGAGCUGGUUGACUCAGUCUUGGAUGUCGUGCGGAAGGAGGCAGAGAGCUGUGACUGCCUGCAGGGCUUCCAGCUGACCCACUCACUUGGCGGAGGCACAGGCUCUGGAAUGGGCACCCUGCUCAUCAGCAAGAUCCGUGAAGAGUACCCCGACCGCAUCAUGAACACCUUCAGUGUGGUGCCCUCACCCAAAGUGUCUGACACCGUGGUUGAGCCCUACAAUGCCACCCUCUCUGUCCAUCAGUUGGUAGAGAACACUGAUGAGACCUACUGCAUUGACAACGAGGCCCUCUAUGACAUCUGCUUCCGCACCCUGAAGCUGACCACACCAACCUACGGGGACCUGAACCACCUCGUCUCAGCCACCAUGAGCGGUGUCACCACUUGCCUCCGCUUCCCUGGGCAGCUCAAUGCUGACCUGCGCAAGCUUGCAGUGAACAUGGUGCCCUUCCCACGUCUCCACUUUUUCAUGCCUGGCUUUGCCCCUCUAACCAGUCGUGGAAGCCAGCAGUAUCGGGCCCUCACUGUGCCUGAGCUCACCCAGCAGGUCUUCGAUGCCAAGAACAUGAUGGCUGCCUGUGACCCCCGCCAUGGCCGGUACCUCACUGUAGCUGCUGUCUUCCGCGGGCGGAUGUCCAUGAAGGAGGUUGAUGAGCAGAUGCUCAACGUACAAAACAAGAAUAGCAGCUACUUCGUGGAAUGGAUCCCCAACAACGUCAAGACGGCCGUCUGUGACAUCCCACCCCGUGGCCUCAAGAUGGCAGUCACCUUCAUUGGCAAUAGCACAGCCAUCCAGGAGCUCUUCAAGCGCAUCUCAGAGCAGUUCACUGCCAUGUUCCGCCGGAAGGCCUUCCUCCACUGGUACACAGGUGAGGGCAUGGACGAGAUGGAAUUCACUGAAGCUGAGAGCAACAUGAAUGACCUCGUCUCUGAGUACCAGCAGUACCAGGAUGCCACCGCAGAAGAGGAAGAGGAUUUUGGUGAGGAGGCUGAAGAGGAGGCCUAAGGCAGAGCUCCAUCACCUCUGGCUUCUCAGUUCCCUCAGCCUUCUUCCUCAACUGCCCCUUUAUUCUCCCUCAAAAUUUGCAUCUUCUGCCUCUAUCUUUUUUCUUUUGUGAGGAGUGUGUCUAGAACAGUGCCUCACAUAAUAGGCACUCAAUAAAUAUUUGUUGAAUGUCUCCUCUCUUCACUCUGGAAAACCUAGAUUUCUGCCAUAGUAGGUAACCCUGUAUUCCCUUCUGGUGCCCAUGCAGUUAAUACUUGCUGUGUUUUAAAGAUAAUCCUCCAAGAAGGCUGGUGUUACCAGAUCACAUUUAGACCCAUAUGCUGAAAACCCAGACAGAUGGCUACCAUCCUGAUCCUGUGUGGUGGCCCAGGAAAAAGGAAACCCAAGCUACCUUGCAGCAGGUAGAAGACCCUACAAGGAAGGUGUGUGGUCUUACAAUCUAGAGCUAGCUAAUUUUGGGGGGGUGGAACGGGACAGACUGUUGGGAGUCCUAAUUUCCAGGUGUUUCCCUGCUGUUCUUUGAGCUUCUGGGGAGGUAUUAAUGGUGUUAUCUCCAGAUUUAGUCUCCCUCCAAACUCUGAUCUGAGCUGUUUGUGCAAUGGUCUACCCCACCAUCCAGUGGGGUCCUUCCCUCUCCCAUGUUACCUCCCUCACAGGAUUGGAGAAAGGGGGUCAAGAGAGGGAAGAGACCAGCCUUGGUCCCUAGCCUUUGGAAAUUUGCAAAGGUCUUACCCAUACCCACCUUUUCUUAGCUCUAGAAUACCAGCCCUGCUAUACACACACAAGGGGGGAGGUGUGUACUGCCAGUGAAAUGGAUCAAGUCAUUCUGUAGAGGGGAAUGGACAGGAGGCCCAUCUUGGCAACAUCUCUGCUUCCUUCUUGCUAUUGCUUUUUCCUUUACUCUUGGUUUUGUUCUGUACUUCAAGUUUCUAUUUUGUGUUGAACUUGUUUUUCAUAUUGAAAAAAACAUUGCCCUGAGAGCCAGAAAAUAAAUGGGAAAUGAAAAAA